GAGGUUUCCUUUUCUUCCAUGACUCAUGUACUAAAUCACUAUUAACUCUGACGUCGAGUCCAGCUCUUUCUUUCCCAGAUAGUUCCCCAUGCAGCGAACAGGAAAUGAGAUGCUCAUUUUUUUCCAUAAAGGCCACCUAGGUCAUCUCUAGAAAGACCCAGAAGAGUGAUAUCUGUCUCUAUUUUUGGAAUGCCUACAUGUCCACAGAACUCAGCAGGUUUCAAAUUCCACCAGACCAACAGCUUUGCAGAAAUGCACAGAGUUAUCAGUAUCAGCACAUAGAUUGGGGUCUGCUGAAGCAUUGGGGUGACCGCACUGCCGCGCAACGUCUGGGAUGCGGCGUCGCAGCGCCCCCUGGGGGCCAGCUCGAGCUCUCCUUGCCACCGGCGAUCCGCAGUGCGCCGGCUCCUGGUUCGAAACAGUUGGGAGAUGGACUGACUCCAGCUUCCGCUCAGGGAGGCCCUCCUGAGAGGCCUGGCCUCCCAGGGCCAUGAGGAAGUCCGUCCAGAAAAACGUUAAAGGAAAACAAGUCAACCUCAAGGUCAAGCCAUCUGUACACGACUUGAGCAAAACUCAUCAGACCAAGCUCACUGUGGGUAGUCUGGGAUUAGGCCUGAUCAUCAUCCAGCAUGGGCCCUACCUUCAGAUCACCCAUCUCAUUGCAAAGGGAGCUGCAGCCAGGGAUGGAACACUCCAGCCAGGUGAUGUUUUGAUUAGUGUUGGCUAUGCAAAUGUGUUAGGUUAUACUCUUCGAGAAUUUUUAAAGCUUCUGCAACAUAUCACCAUAGGAACAAUACUACAAAUAAAAGUUUACCGAGAUUUUAUAGACAUACCCCAAGAAUGGCAAGAAAUAUAUGAUUUAAUCCCUGAGACCAAAUUCCCAAUCACACGCACAACAAAGAAAACUGAGGAGGCAAAAGAUAGAUCUGUCACAAGCAGUGAUGAUGAUGAAGCUUUCGAUACAAGACUUAAGUACUAUAAAUAUCCACGGUCCACUGGACAUUACCCUGUAAGGAGACCAAUGUCUAUCUCCAGAGAAUGGCAUGGAUAUAAAAAGAAGAACCAUGUAAUGCGUGUAGGAAAAGAUAUUAACUGUGACGUAAUGAUUCACAGAGAUCACAAGAAAGAAGUGAGGGCCCCUUCUCCAUACUGGACCAUGGUGAAGCAAGACAAUGAAAUCUCCUCCUCCUCAUCAGCCUCCUCCACCUCAGAUGCAUUUUGGCUGGAAGACUGUACCCCUGUUGAAAAGGGCAGUGGUGAACCAGUAUCACGAGUUGGUUAGGCAGCAGUUUUCAAAUCUGUGACCACAGAAGCAUUUACCUUGAAAACACUCAUUUUUUUGUGCACUGCCUUACUUUUGAGUGUUAGGUUGAUAAUUACUUGAAAGAGACAGAAUAGAAACAGAAAAGGGAGAAGAUGAGGGGGAAAAAAAAUACACCAAAAUUGUGCCACAGUGAAGAUAAACAUAAAAAAGGAAGCAGUGCAAAUACAGGCUACAGCUAACAGGUAAUAUAUAUUUUGCACAAAUAACUUUUGGAAAAAAGGCAAAAGGGGGUAAAACCCAGAUCAUUUAACUGUUCUUACCCAAGAAUACAGACUUUUAACUGCUUUUAUCUUUAAAAGCCAAUAAUAAUCUGGAGAUAGUUACUCUGAUAGCAACUUAAGCCUUAAUUUUAAUAGUUUCUCAUGCUUCUGUACUUUAUAAUUAUAUUCCUAUUCUCCUUAAAAGUAUCUAAAGCAAAAACUCAACAUAAAACAAAUACCUCUUGAUUAACUGAUUAGGAAAAAUGCAAGAAAAACAUUUAAAUAGAAUGCUUUAUUGACUUUAGGUCAGUUGGGAACAAUUACCUAUAUUUAUGCUUUAUAUUUCAUCUCAUUGGAAAAAAA